AUGGCCAAGCGCACCAAGAAGGUCGGCAUCACCGGCAAGUACGGCACACGUUAUGGUGCCUCUUUGAGGAAGAUCAUCAAGCGCUACGAGAUCCAGCAGCGUGCCCGCUACAUGUGCAGCUUCUGCGGCAAGGAGAACGUGAAGCGAGUGGCUGGCGGCAUCUGGAAAUGCAAGUCCAAGACUUGCAACAGGACCAUGGCUGGUGGCUGCUGGACCCUGAGCACGGGCCCAGCUGCCACUGUGCGCGCGACCAUCGCGCGCCUGAGGAAGCAGCUGCAGGGUCGGAAUUCGGUGUCAUUCGAGCAUGCAACACUUUGCAAAUUGCUGGUUUACAAAUUGCUCAUACCAGCAAAAUUCCAGCUUAGUAACUUGGUGAACUUGCUGUCAAGAAAAACUUUAUCAUCAAUAACCAGAAAGUCGCGGUAG